GUGGGAUCAAUUGAAUUGGACAUAAAUGGAGGCAAGAAAGUUGUGGAGACAGUUUUAUUGAACCUGAUUGAAUUGUUGAUGACACAGCUGAUAAAGUUAGAUGGGAUUGCUGCUGAUGGAGAUGUGAAGAGGGUUCAAAAGUACAUAGAAACUCUUGAUGUGCUCAAGACCAAGAAUUCUGGGCUAGGCAAAGUCCCAAUGCACCAGCAACACCAGAUUUUUACCAUGAAAACCUUCAAUUCUCAGCAAAAACAGAGGAAACAGGGGAAUUUUACUGAGAUGGUGAAUGCUGGGCCAGUAGUUGUAACCACAAAAUGGGAGACAUUUUGA